AUGGGCACACAAAAAAAUAAGGGUGGCCUCCGCAAUUCUGAGCAAACCCAUAAAACAAGGGGGCCUGGGACUACCAGACAUACGCCUCUACUACAGGGCCGCCCUUAUGUCCACAAUUCUCUCUCUGCACGCAGGAGGAAACAAGCCUCAAUGGGCAGAGAUGGAGGCUGCAGGGAUAUACCCUGGGGGUAUAAAAUACUUGUUAUGGGUGCCUCACAAACUGAGGCCCAAACACAAAGAAUUGCUCACAACCACCUCUCUACUUCUAGACAUAUGGGAUUCAACGACACAACUCUUAGGUCAGAGCAAGAGCUGGGCAAUGUCAACCCCAUUACAAAGCCUACACGUUGUAAACCCCUCUUUAGACCACCGCCCAUGGACUUCGCAAUGAUGCACACAAAUCAAGCACUUAUCAUGAGGGCAAACUAG